UAUGAAUGUAGCCAGUGUGGAAAAGCUUUUUCUCAUAAGUCAAGCAUUAGAGCACACCUCAGAAUCCACACUGGGGCAAAACCUUAUGAAUGUAGUGAGUGUGGAAAAGCUUUUCCUCAUAAGCCACACCUCAAUAGACAUCAGAGAAUCCACACUGGGGAAAAACCUUAUGAAUGUAGUGAGUGCGGAAAAGCUUUUCCUUACAAGCCACACCUCAUUAGACAUCAGAGAAUCCACACAGGAGAAAAACCUUAUGAAUGUAGUGAGUGUGGAAAAGCUUUUCCUCGGAAAACACACCUAAUCAUACAUGAGAGAGUCCACACAGGAGAGAAAUCUUAUGAAUGUAGGGAGUGUGGAAAAGCUUUUUCUUGGAAGUCAAGCAUGCAUACACAUCACAGAUUGCACACUGGGAAAAAAACUUAUGAAUGUAGGGAGUGUGGGAAAGGCUUUUCUUAUAAGCAACACCUCAUUGCACAUCAGAGAAUCCACAGUGGGGAAAAGCUUUAUGAAUGUACUGAGUUUGGAAAAGCUUUUCUUCAUAAGUCAAGAAUAAUCAUACAUGAGAGAAUCCACACUGGGGGAAAACCUUAUGAAUGUAGUGAGUGUGGAAAAGGAUUUUCUGCUAAGUCAACCAUUAGAUCACAUCAGAGAAUAUACACAGGGGAAAAACCUUAUGAAUGUAGUGACUGUGGGAAAAGGUUUCCUUAUAAGUCAAACCUCAUUAGACAUCAGAGAAUCCACACUGGUGAAAAACCUUAUGUAUGUAGUGAGUGUGGAAAAGCUUUUAAUCAUAAGUCACACCUCAUUAGACAUCAGAGAAUCCACACUGGGGAGAAACCUUAUGAAUGUAGUGAGUGUGGAAAAGCUUUUUCUGAUCAGUCAAGCAUGAUCAUACAUCAGAGAAUCCACACUGGGGAAAAACCUUAUGAAUGUAGUGAGUGUGGAAAAGCUUUUUCUCAUAAGUCAAGCAUUAGAUCACAUCAGAGAAUCCACACAGGUGAGAAACCUUAUGAAUGUAGUGAGUGUGGAAAAGCUUUUUCUUGGAAUUCAAAUCUAAUGGUCCAUCAGAGAAUCCACACAGGGCAAAAACCUUAUGAAUGUAGUGAGUGUGGAAAAGCUUUUCUUCAUAAGUCAAGCAUGAUCAUACAUCAGAGAAUCCACACUGGGGAAAAGCCUUAUGAAUGUAGUGAGUGUGGAAAAGGCUUUCCUUGUAAGCCACACCUCGUUAGACAUCAGAGGGUCCACACUGGAGAAACACCUUAUGAAUGUAAUGCAUGUGGGAAAUGCUUUUCUUACAAGCAACACCUCAUUGAACAUCAGAGAAUCCACACUGGGGAAAAACGUUACGAGUGCAAUGAGUGUGGAAAAGCUUUUCUUUAUAAGUCAAGCAUAAUCAUACAUAAGAGAACCCACACUGGGGAAAAGCCUUAUGAGUGUAGUGAGUGUGGAAAAGCUUUUUCUGCUAAGUCAAGCAUUAGAUCACAUCGGAGAAUCCACACCGGGGAAAAACCUUAUGAAUGUAGUGAGUGUGGAAAAGAUUUUAUUCGUAAGUCAAACCUCAUUGCGCAUCAGAGAAUACACACUAGGGAAAAACCCUAUGAAUGUAGUGAGUGUGGGAAAGGCUUUCCUGAUAAGCCACAGCUCUUUAGACAUCAGAGAAUCCACAGUGGGGAGAAACCUUUUGAAUGUAGUGAGUGUGGAAAAGCUUUUUGUUACAAGUCAAACUUUAGAUCACAUCAGAGAAUCCACACAGGAGAGAAACCUUAUGAAUGUAGUGAAUGUGGAAAAGCUUUUCUUUAUAAGUCAAGCAUGAUCAUACAUCAAAGAAUCCACUCUAGGGAAAAGCCUUAUGAAUGUAGUGAGUGUGGGAAAGGCUUUCCUUGUAAGCCACACCUCAUUAGACAUCAGAGAAUCCACACUGGGGAAAAGCCUUAUGGAUGUAGUGAGUGUGGAAAAGGCUUUUCUAAUAUGGCACAAUUCAUUAGACAUCAGAGAAUCCACACUGGGGAAAAACCUUAUGAAUGUAGUCAGUGUGGAAAAGCUUGUUCUCAGAAGUCACAGCUAAUCAGACAUCAGAGGGUCCACACAGGGGAGAAACCUUAA